UUUCAGACUCACUGAUGAUCACACAGCAGCAAAAUGCCUGAAGCUGAUGUAACGUACGCUGAUGUUCAGUUCAAAAGACCAAAGACCAAUGAUCCGUUUCUAUCAUCGGAUGACACCACGUACUCUGAAAUCAAGACGCAGAGAUCAGAGCUACCAGGUUGCAGCCAGCAACAGGUCGGGUCAAACAGGAAGCGUCAUGUGACCUCACAGCGCGCGGCGCUGCUGGUUCUCAGCCUUCUUCUGGUCGCUGCCAUCAUCGCUCUCGGAUUCACUAUAUUUAACAACGUGGGAACCAAGAGAAACGUCACCAAGUCUGAAUAUGAACAACUUAAAGAAGUAAAAACAGGAAGCUCAGAUCAGACAAAAUCUCCACCACCUUCUUCCUGUCCACCGCCUCCAACAUGUCCUCUUCCUUCUACAUGUCCACCACCUGGACUAAACCUCAAUGAGAAAUGUCUGAAGUGUGAAGCAGGCUGGGAGCUUCAUGGAGAAAAGUGUUAUUAUUUCAACACCACUAAAUCAUCCUGGAAGGACAGCAGAGAUGGAUGUAAACUUAACGGAGGAGACCUGGUGAAGAUAGACAGCAGGGAGGAGCAGAAAUUCCUGGAGGCAAGACUGAGAGAGAAAAUGGAGAAAGCUGAGGACAAGUUCUGGAUCGGACUGACAGACUCAGAGGAAGAAGGAAGAUGGUUGUGGGUGGACGGAUCGUCUCUGGACACAUGUUUGCAGUUUUGGCACAGCAAUGACCCGGAUGACUGGAAAGGUGAUAAUGGGGAAAAUGCUGAUGGAGAGGACUGUGCGAGGAUGGGGGAGAAAGGAGGAGCUGCUGAUCUGAAAUAUUGGUUUGAUAAAUCCUGCAACGUCCCUCAUAAAAGUAUUUGUGAGAAAGCAGCAGAAAAUAGAUGAAUUUAAUCUGUAAGAGGUUAAAGUUUCAGCUUGUAAAACAAUCUCAGUUCAGGAUCCAGAAGCUGCAGCGAUGCUGUUUUUAUAAAUCUAAACAUUUAAUUUUCCUUCCAGACAUGUUGAAACAAACAUAAAAUACUCUCAUUUCAUUCUUUGACUUCUUUAUUUUCUUAUUAUUACAACAGCAGGAUCAACAGUGAAAUAUAUGAAACUAUUUUUAACCAUAAAAUGUUUGUUCUCUGCUUUUUUCUAUAAUAAUAUUUGUGUACAUUUAAGAAAAUGAUUUAUUAGUUUUGUGAGAUGUUUCAGAAAAGUGACAUUUAUUUCCUGCUGCAGCUUUUGUUGUUACUGAAACUAAAAGUUUGUUUUCUUUUUCGUAGACAGAUAAAAAACAAAAAACAUGAACAGAAAAAAGCAGAAACGAGACAAAAUAAAAUUAACUAGAAGAACGCGACUCAUGUUUCUUUCAUGAUUAUUUUAAACACAUGAAAAUAAAACCUAACAACAUUUUUUAGGCCAAUCAGAUUUCAUGUGUUUGUGAUGAGCAUUAUUUUUUCUGUCCCAUUUAAAUGUGGUCUAAAAGUAACGUGAUAUAACAGGAGUUCCUUGGUUUCCACUUCUGGAGGACUCUUGUCUUAACAACAGGUAGAGAAAUAAUAAAUCAUUUAUUUUUACUGGAAUGGGGUGUGUAACUGGGCGAUAAGAAGAAGACAGAGUGGUCCUGAUGCUGAGCAGCUCAGGAUGGUGCAGAGUCUAAAGUGCACUGUGAACACAUAUUUGUGUUAUUCAGUCCCAUUUUAACAUUCUGCUUUCAUUGAUGCAAGUUCAGUGAAUAACUUUGUACUGUAUAGGCUGUAAGAUGGUGUUGGUUGUCAUGGAGAUGGUAGGCUGACAGAGCUGUUUCCAGAAUUUAGGGUUGGGGGAAAAGAUCCAGGUUAUUUUCACACUUGGC